GGGUUGUGUUUAAAAAAACUAUUCUUACAUGCUGUUAGCUGAUAUUACAGAACACCGUGCCCUUAUUUUGAAGGCAAGCACCCGAUAUGGUAGUGCUUUCCGUAUUUUAUUUAAAGCUGCAUCUCCUCUUUUGAUCCAUGUUCUGAACACUGCCAUCCGGAAAUGUAAGGAUGUUUCAAACUCUCAGCCAGCUACUACACUGCAAUAAAGUUAGCACUAGGUUACCACUAUUGGUCACAUUAAUUCUGAUAAUACUAAUAAUAACAGUAAAAGAAAGUAUUUGCACUUAUUCAUGGGCUCAUCAGGGCAUUUAAUGCAUAACGUUUUAUACAGUACAGUGUGUACUGUGAAUUAUGUGUGCCUUGGUUUAAGCAUUUUUGUGUAUUAUAAUAUAUUGCAAUGUAACAUCAGCAUUUAGCAGAGCACGCCUGUAAGUUCACUUCAAAGGAAACCUUACAUUUCCAAAAUGCAUUUUAUAACAAGGUUUUAGAGCUGUAGAUCAUUUAAAUAUUUAAGAAUUAUUUUACAAAAACUAAUUCUCAUUUCAUGAAUAAAACUUGAAAGGUCACAGUCAAAUAAUCAGAUGUAAUGUGUCAGGUUUUCUUUAACUAAUCUAACAAAAAACGUCACAGCCAUAUUCACGCCCUAUAACCCAGGCAAUCUGUGGAGCUUUAACAGCAAACCAAACUAGCAAAUCCCCACCAAAUGCAAAUUACACAACACAUGCAAAUUUGCACAGACAUGCACACAGCCCUCGUCACCAUAUGUGAAAAGUCAUGGCAGUGUGUUCGCAUGACUCACUACAGACACAGGCGACACAGUGUGUUAGAUGGGAACAAUGUAGGAGAUUUGAGUUGAUUAUACAACAAUAAACGUUUAUGAAAAGCACUACUUACAAAUUAUACAAGGAUAGGCAAUGGAAACAUGCUAUUAUACCUUCCAAAUACACGGAUGAUGCACAAUUGAGCCAGCGCUGAUUCAGGCUGAAGGCUCUUUACACUCUUUACACAUGUGAGUAGUGUACUUGACAAAUGGCUCAUAUCAACCAAUUCACAUUAGGUUUUUUUUCUUUUUUACAGUGGGAGUGGAGCACUAAAAGCCUAGUCCUCAUAGUAGAGUGAUGGCUCACAAUCAGGCAUGAAAUAGGCCAAGAUGACAAUGUGAGAAUUGGCAGAUACAUGGCCUGAAGUGGUGAUGACACAGAUUAAAAGAGAGUAGUUAAAAAAAGCUAACAUUAAAGGGGUAAAUGUGGAGGUGUUGCGUAUAUUUUCACGUGUAUUUCUACAUGGGAAGGACUGACUUUUCAUAUAAGGGUACUCUUGAGCUUGCAUUUAAUCCAACAAAGGCUAAAUGUUUUAUCAUUUCACCUGAUUAAACUUAAUGUUUUUUGGCUGUGGCAAUAGACCUUGCUGACUAUUUCCUGGGUCCGACUCGGGUAGAAUGUGUGUAAAAUGUAAUGUUAUUGAUCAUUCUGUAGAUUCAGACUGAAGUUGGGAACAAAAGCUAACAUGACCACUGCACUGAUGAUUUGGCGGGGACGAGCGUUGCGCGCCCUCGCCGUGUCUCUGCUCUCGUAGCCAGUUCACCCAUUCACAUGUAAAUGAACCGUCAUAUAUACCCAGCACAUGCCCCACUCGGAGCAGCAUUAAGGAGUCCAGCCUCUCUGCAAGCUUUGUUGGCCGCUGGGAUCGCCCGGCCAUCUGUCCCAUUGACAAGCUGUAACGGCUCUUUGGGCUACACACCAACCUCCAGUCCAGUGGGCUUCUGGCAGCGCCUGGGUUAAACUCCAACAACAUGGCCCCCAUCCGUAACAACAGAAACGGAAUGGACAGAGGUGAUAAUCGCAGUGGGAUCAAAUCUGACAGAAAGAUGAGGAAACCUCUGGUCGAGAAGAAAAGAAGGGCUCGCAUCAAUGAAAGUUUACAAGAACUCAGAGUUCUCAUCGCGGAUGCAGACUUGCAAUCAAAGAUGGAGAAUGCCGAAGUGUUGGAGAUGACAGUGAAGCGUGUGGAGAGCAUCCUGCAGAACCGGGCUCAAGAAGUGGACGCCGUGAACCGGGAGGCCUGCGAGCGCUUCGCCGCUGGCUACAUCCAGUGUAUGCACGACGUCCACACUUUUGUGUCCAGCUGUCCGGGCAUCGACCCGACAGUCGCCGCGGAGCUGCUGAACCACCUCCUGGAGAGCAUGCCCCUGAACGACGAGGACCGCCUGCGGGUGAUGCUGCCGGACGCGGUGGCAGAGUGCCCGGGCAGUAACAGCACUUGGUCCCUGUCAGAGAGCAUGUACUCGGCCCUGGUGUCCCCGGCCCCCUCCACCACCUCCAGCGAUGACCUCUGCUCUGACCUGGACGAGACAGACUCAGAGCAAAGCCACGUUUCCUCUUCAGAGGAGGCUGACAGCCAGGAUGCGUUGGGCUUGCCUUCCUUAACCUACUCCAAGUCAGUGUGGAGACCAUGGUAGAUGAUUUAAAGGAGGAAUAGCAUGUUUUGAAACUACAGUAGAGGAUUUGUGUUAGGAUGUUUUGUGGGGUAGGCCUCAGUGCACGAGAGAAACACUGCUGAGAUGACAACUUUGAAACUUGUUGAAAGGCAUCAGAGAAGCUCUUUGUAAUUAUUGGGGAACUACAAUUAAACUAAAAGGUAUUUAAUAAAUAAAGUAUGUAAUUAAACCUGUUUUGCAUAGGUCAGAGACCUGCAGGGUCGUCAUUUGGAAGUAUAUUGGCCUGCCUUCAGUGAAGGGGUAAAUGCAUGUGUAAAUAUUUACUUGUUGAAUAAGACUGGGCUGUAUAGAAGAUAGGUGUCCCACUAGAAAUGCAUUAUUAGUUUGUGUGUAAAUUAUUUCUUCUUUUUUUUGUUUUUUGUUUUUUUUUGUAUUAUUUAGGAUGUCUUUAACUUUGUAUUUAUACCUGUCAAAUGACUGUUAGUAGGCUACCUCACUUGAUAAGUUUCAAUAAAAUAAAAAAUCUUUUUUGACAA